CACGUCAUUUCCGAGCGGCGCCGAACGGAGUAGCAAACGGUCGGUCGAGCACCAUGCCUAAGUUUUAUUGUGACUACUGCGAUACAUACCUCACCCAUGACUCACCAUCUGUGAGAAAGACACAUUGCAGUGGUAGGAAACACAAAGAGAAUGUGAAAGACUACUACCAGAAAUGGAUGGAAGAGCAGGCUCAGAGCCUGAUUGACAAAACAAAUGUUAGACAUUUUUUGGCAUUAAAAGCGGCUGCAUUUCAACAAGGAAAGAUACCUCCGACUCCAUUCUCUGCUCCUCCUCCAGCAGGGGCGAUGAUCCCGCCUCCCCCCAGUCUCCCGGGUCCUCCUCGCCCUGGUAUGAUGCCAGCACCCCACAUGGGGGGACCACCCAUGAUGCCAAUGAUGGGCCCUCCUCCUCCUGGAAUGAUGCCAGUGGGACCCGCUCCCGGAAUGAGGCCACCCAUGGGGGGCCACAUGCCAAUGAUGCCUGGGCCCCCGAUGAUGCGGCCCCCAGCCCGUCCUAUGAUGGUGCCCACUCGGCCAGGAAUGGCUCGACCAGACAGAUAAGGGCGGAGCACAGCCUCUUUGUAUCGCUUCCUCUUCCUCGAACCCCUUCACCCGGAGACCUGGUGCUGCGACUCUGGAUGUUUUCCAACAGCACAACAUGGAAGACCUGCUCCCCCCCUCUCAAAAGGAGAAUCGUUUUGGAGUGGAGUAGUGGACAAAAAGCAGAACAAAACGAUUUUUGUUUGUGACACGUGAAAAUAAAAUUAACUUUUAGUUAAACAAA